CGUGAAUCUUUGCCAUCUUCAAUUCUUCAUCCAUCAAUCAGAGCCUCUCUUUUCAUUCACUUUUAGGGAUUCAUCCGGCCAGCGCGACGGAAUUGUCUCUUGUCUUCCAUAUCUUUAUCCUUCUGCACUCAUUGAAAGUUUAAUUCCGCCGAUCCAAGUCGUCCAUCAUGCAUUUCCUUCGACGUGCUGCCUUCCGGGUAGUGUCUACUUCUACCCGACAGGUCAACCUUUCUGCUCCCCGAAACAUUCGUCCCAUCACCACUGUCAAUGCGACUGUUCCGCGGACACGCCUCUCAAUCGCCACGUCGCUGAUCCAAAGACGAUUUGCCAGUGAUGAGGCUGUCAAGACAGAUGAAGAGAAGCUUGCUGAGAAGGCAACGUCAGAUGCGCUGGCCGCCGAGACUUCCACUCUGACGCCCGCUGAGCAAGCAGAGACCGUCGUUGCAGAGCAACCUACCUCAGAUGCCUUGGGAGACGUUGAAGGACGCGCUACUAUCGCAGCCUCUGCCGUCGGUCAGGAGCGGGCCCCGAGGUCUAACGCUCCCAAACACACCCUUUACAUCGGAAAUUUGAACUUCGAAGUUACCGAUGAUCAACUCAGCACAAUGUUCAGCGAGUUUGGAACGUUGAAUCAAUGCACCAUCGUCAAAGAUCACCGUGGUCUACCAAGAGGCUUCGCAUUCGUGUCUUUCGAGACCAAGGAAGCAGCCGACGCUGCCAUCGAAGCCAUGAACGAGAAGAUCGUCGCCGGCCGCAUCAUGAUCGUCCACCACCGCACCGGCACCUCGUCCAGCCAACCCCGCCAACGGCGCGAACACACCACCCCCCGCCCCGAAUUCCCCCCGUCCCGCACCCUGUACAUCGGCAACAUGUCGUGGCAGAUGACCGACAAGGACCUCACCGAGCUCUUCCGCGGCAUCCGCAACGUCCUCGACGUCAGAGUCGCCAUCGACCGCGCCACCGGCCACCCGCGCGGCUUUGCGCAUGCCGACUUCGUCGACACGGAGAGCGCGACAUCGGCGAAGGCGGUGCUCGAUAACAAGCUCGUGUAUGACCGUACGUUGAGGGUCAACUAUGCCGAGACUUCGGCGAGGGCGAAGACGGCGCCCGCCGCGCAGGAUGAGCAGAAUACCCUCGCAUGAAUGCGUGAAGGGGGAUCGAGGAUGUGAGUGGUAUCGCUUGUCUGGACUUGUUCCUGUGAAAGGACCAGCCUUCGUCCGGCCUUUGUCUUCCACUUGGCGCUCGGAGUGAGACGAAUGGUAAAGAGGGGGUGUUUUCUCGGGGCAUAAUGGGGCUCAUAUCCGGACGAUAACGGCUGUCUGUAGCCACUGCGAUACCUAUUGCGAUGUGGCCAAAAUUCCUUGGUUAUUUUCCUAUUCUGUCUUAC